AUGAGUGUACGCGAAUGCCUUAUCAAUGUUGAAGGUUCUUGCCCUAGCAACUACCUCUGUCGAUUCAAUGCCUUGAAAAACCGCUACUAUUGCUGUGCUUCUAUCACUGGCGAUCUUUGCCCAUCAGGAAAAGCUCUAUAUCGCGAACCAUCGUCAAAGGCUCCGAUUAGAUGCACAAUUAGUAGCAGCAGUAACCAGUGUCCGACUGGCUACAGUUGCCAAUCUGAUGUUCCUGGAGCAUUCCAAGGAUAUUGCUGCUCGGCUAGCCAUAUUUGUCCUAAUAAAGCCGAAUUCUAUCUUGAGGAGAGCAGCCAGAUGCCAAGAUCUUGUACACUUGGUGCUUUCAUCACCUGUCCAACCGGAUAUAGCUGCCAGAGCACACAAACCGAGUUCACUACAGGCCACUGUUGUAAAGGAGAGGUUGCCUCUGUUUCA